UUGAAGGGCGGGGCUUGUGAUGUGGAGGCGUGGGGAUAGAAGUAGCGCGGGAGUGUUGAAAGAGCGGGAUCUGCUGCAGGUGACCAUAGAAAAUGACCUGCUCCACCAUGGAUGUGGAAGACGUUCACCAGGUGCUGGCCGUCAUGCAGAAGAACUUGGAGUGUCCUAUAUGCUUGGACCUAAUGAAGGAGCCCGUGGCCACCAGAUGUGAUCAUAUAUUUUGCAGGUUUUGCAUGUUGCAGCUUCUCAGCAGAAAGAAGAAGAGUCGGGUCCAGUGUCCUAUGUGCAAGAAAGAAGUUACUAAAAGAAGUCUCCAGGAUAGUCCUAGGUUCAAGCUUCUGGUGGAUGGUUUGCUGAAGAUUAUAAACGCUUUUGAGCUGGAUUCGGGAUACAAAUUUUUUCCAAGUCAAGAUUAUGCCAGUACUGUCACAGCCAACAACAAAGAGGCACCGAAGAAGGAUGAACAAGCUGUGGUGCAGAGCACGGGGCACAGAAGGAGGACCAAGAGAGGAAUAGUGAACGGGGGAUAUCGGGAAGACCACCUGUCCUUACUGAAAAACGUUCCUGACGCACAGCCCCCCAGGGAUGCAGACACGAGGAACCGCGAGCAACCGAAACAUCAGAAUAAUGGGAUCAAAGAACUGAUAGCAGACUUUGUGUCUGACUCCUCCGAAGAUGAUUUAUUCAAGAAAGCCGGCAGUUUGGGAAGUGACGUCGAUGGUCCAUCCACACCAUGUGAGCCCAAAGUAUCUCUAGAACCUGAGGAGGAAGAAGACAGCUUGAUGGGCAAUGAGGCAAAUGAUCAAGUUUCUUCUAAACUGGAGUCCGAAGACGUGGUGGCAUCUGAUCUAGCUGAAUAUGGAUUUUCCGAAAAAGACCUUGACAGCAUAAGAAGCAAUUUAUGGUCCAUUGAUGGUAUCGGAGUCCUUAAGGAAUCGCCCAGUGAAGAGUCUGCAGUGGACAGAGACUUUUGCGAAAGAGUUGCUGAGCGAAGCACACUAGUAAAACCUGAUGAGAAUGUAAGAAGCUCGAACCUUGCAGCGCUCAAUUCCAGUAUGCAGAUAGAAAGACAGCAGUAUACCGAAAGCCAGACCUCUAAAAUUGCACUUGAUUCUGAGUAUGAUAGAGAUGACUCUUUCCCUGAAAACAUGGGCAGCACUCAGGGUAGUCCUCGGGAUGCGCCAUGCGCAGUGUCAAGGGAGCGGCUGAAGAAAAGUAUUAAAAGAGUCACAGAGUGGUUUUUGAAGACAGACGAGCUUUUAAAUAAUGGUUCUCCGAAUAAUGACGAGUUGGUGCCUGAUGUCUCUCGGGUAGAAGAUCAAGAAGUCUCUGAAAAAGGUUCCAGUGUGACUGAGGAGACCGAAAUUAUGGCUGUGUCCCAUCUCCAUGCUGUGGCAGAUGCUGUCGAAAAGAGUAUGGUUAGCGUUGAAGAGAAGAUAUUUGGUAGAGUAUACAAAAGAGAGAAAAAGCAAAGCCUUGUCAGUAAAGUAACGUGUGUGGCUGAUAUCCACAUGGAUGGGUUCAAUGAGACCGUGAAAGUAAAUGAGGUUUCCAAAACAGCUAGCCUAAAACCAAAAAGAAGUACUGGUCUGCAGCCAGAACACUUUAUUAAGAAGGUCGAUGCUAAGGAACAGUGUGCAGAUGAUAUUGCCAGUUACCCUGUGGUUGUGGAUGAUUUUGGUCUGGACACAGAAGACAAUUCCAUAAAAGAACCAAAUAUGGUCUCUUCAGAUGCUGAGAAAAUGGAGUUCGUCGGUCAAGGUUCAGAAAAAAUUUCAGAUGCUCAGAUAAACAAACCCGAGAAGCAAAAGAAGUCUUCGAAAAGGAAGUCUGAGAAGACCAAGGUGAUGCAGGCUCUCCACAUGGCCAAAGGAGCAGAUGCAACUUCGUGCCGACAACAAAGUCCUCUUCAUUCCUCUAAAGUACAAAUUGAUAGCUAUUCUAGCUCUGAACCCGGCAAUGAAGUAAACCAAAAAAAUGUCAGGCGGAGCAGGAGGCUUAAUUUGUCAAAAGAAAAUGAGACAGACAAAACUAUGAACAGUAAAGACAUUAAGGCUUGUGGGCUCCAAAUUGAAGAUCCUCAACGUGACGCCACUACCCAAAUCAGCUAUAAGGAACCAUGUCCACUUACCUUAGAAGUCAAUGGACCUCAAAUUACUAGCAAGUCACCAAUUGCAGUCCAAAAUGGGACUGGGAUUCAAAAUGAAAGCUCACAUAUAGAGUGUGAUUCUGUUCACGUGACGGAGGAAACAGGCAAGGGAUCUUCUCCUGUCCCAGUGAAAAAUGUUGCAGAAAUCGAAGACUCUGAUCUUGACACCCAGCUCCUGUUAAAGACCUUCAAAAGUGCUAAGAGGAUGUCCUUUAAGCUAGACCCAGUUUGUGAUAGUGCUAAUAAGGAAAAUUGUCACCCAAUGGACAUUUCCGAUAUUGGGACCAACUUAAAUGGACAACGGGAUGAAGAUCCUGGCCAACCUUCUAGUCUUUGCCAACCAAAUGAGGAUGUCCAUUUUACAAGCAAACAGAGAAGUGUUCAAGAAAACAAACCUAAACAGUCAAGGAGUUUAAGAUCUAAAAAGAGUUACAGAUUAUCUUCCGAACACGCUGGGAAGAGUUCAGCUGAGAACACAGAUAACUUAACAGUCCAUAUGACUAAGACUAUAACAACCAAUGGUCAGCUCAAUGAUUUAAACCCUAUUAAGGACGUUGAGCCUCUCGAAACAUGUAAUCACACUAGAAAUGCUGCUGCAAGUAAAAGUGAGGGACUUCCGCUGUGUUCGAAAACUGAAUCGAUGUCUCUGUUCGAUGUAGUUACACAUCAAAAUCCGUCCGCAGCCAGGCGAGGAGACACUAGAAGUGGGAUCGGUCAAGGGGAAAAUGAACACGCAAAGAACAGUUCCUAUCAGAAGUGCAGUUUUGAUGAAGAGCAAGUAACUCAAAUUACUUCUUCUAAUAGUUCUCAAGGGUCACUGACUGGGAAACUUCUAGGCCAUUUGGCGUCUCAUAAUAGCAGUCCUUGCAAAAGUCCUGAAGUUUACUCUGAUACGCCUGAUGGUUUGUUGGGCAGUGUCGACAGACUUGGAGAAGAUGCAAGUUGCUGUGGUGCUGUAGCUGAAAAGUCGUUUGUUUUCGAAGACGGCAAGAAGUCAAAAUUGGUUGACUACUCUCUAUCUCCCUUUAGCCAGUCGCAAGUUGUGAGAACUCGAAAACGUAGAACCCAAAAGUUAGACUCUUUAGAAGGUUACUCCGAAAAGGCUGAUGGAUUGUUGGGCAGUGUCGACAGACUGGGAGAAGGUACAAGUUGCUGUGCUGAAAAGUCGUCUGUCAUCGAAGAUGGCAAGAAGUCUAAACUGAUUGACCACUCUCCAUCUCCCGUCAGCCAGUCACAAGUUGUGAGAAGUCGAAAACGUAGAGCGCAAAAGAUAGAAUCUUCGGAAGAGGAGUCUAGUGGAGAUGAGGAGUUGCCGUGUUUAAAUGCAAUAUUUGGCAUUGAACCAAUUACUGACCUGAAAAAUGCGUCUGCCAGUUCCUCACCCAAACAGCAAGGUGGUGGUGUCUUGACCAUGUUUAGUAGCUGCAGCACUAGUGGCAAAACUCAGACUAGCUUCAAUCUCCCACAUGAAAAUUUUGUAGGUAGUCAGGAAUCUCAGUGUUCUGUGAACUUGUUCUCCUCGCAGUCAAACACAUCUGAUCACUCUGUGACUGGAGCCACUGACAAUGGCAAACGCAAUGGCACGCGCAACCAGGAGAGGCCUCAGGAGAGUAGUCCGAAAAGGACGAAAGUGUCCAAUAAUGAAGAAGAAUUGGCAAACGUUGAAAACGAUGAAGAAAUGACAAAUGUUGAGAAUGAAGACCAAUGCCAAGAACAUAACUUGGGUGAAGUCUCCGGAUGCGAGAGCGAGGCCAGUCACACGGGGGACUCUUCCGGACUGUCAUCUCAGUGCGAAAUCCUCACUUCACAGCAGCGGGACACCAUGCGGAACAAUUUAGACAAACUCCAGAAAGAAAUGGCUGCCCUGGAAGCAGUCUUGGAACAGCAUGGUAGUCAGAGUCCUGCAUCCAGGAGGGGGCGAGCAUCCGCAGUGGAGCACGUCACAAUAAGACCGCAGGAGGCCCCGGAGAAAGCGGCAGACUCUGAAACUUACAGGUCACCUGAUGCAAUCCCGGAGACUGAGGUCACGUCUGAACAGGGCCGAGCAUCGGGAAGACAAAUCAUUGAACAGCCACUUCCCCUAGGAAGCAGGUCACGGUCCCCAACUCCUCCCCUUAGUCCUCCCCGGGCAACUUCAAGGAAGGAGACUCCAGAGAAAAUCCGGACCGCCUUUAACCUGCUUAAGGAGCUGAAGGAAUCUACCCUAAUGGAGGAUGAAUCAGAGGGUCAGAAAGAUGAAGACCUUCUCCAUACUCACCAGUCAGAUCAUUGUGCACCAACUGCAACCAACCUGAAAAAUUCCAAAUCUCCAAAGCGAAGCCUGGGCAGUAAAGCGCAGGAAGUGAAUGGCCAUAGCAUGUUAAGAAGGGGAAGCGCCAGACAAUCUACAGAGAUGGAGGGGGUUGUGCGGACGCCCCAGUAUCCCACCAGACGCCCCGGUAACACUCAGAGAAGUGCGUCGCCUACUUUUGAAUCCCCUUUAAGAAGUAAAUUUGCUCCUUCGUUCAAGAGUCCUGUCGUUUCCGCUCAAAGAAACUUCUCUCUCGUGACGUCCGGCCUGAGUCAAAGCGAAGUGAUGCUGGUUCAGAAGUUUGCAAGGAAAACCAAGAGCAUAUUUUACAGCCAAUUGACAGAAUCGACCUCUCACGUCAUCAUAAAAACAGAUGAACAGCUCGUGUGUGAACGGACUCUGAAAUAUUUUAUGGGAGUCGCUGGUAGAAAAUGGGUGGUGAGCUAUGAAUGGAUUGUACAGUCGUUCAGAGAGGGGAGAAUUCUGGAUGAGUACGACUUUGAAGUGAAGGGAGAUGUGAUCAAUGGAAGAAAUCAUAGAGGUCCCAGAAGAUCGAGACUAGGAUCCGAUGGACUGCUCCUGACAGACUUUGAGAUUUGCUGCCUUGGGUCUUUCAAAGAUAUGACCAGAGAUGAUUUGGAGCAGAUGGUUUCCUUGUGUGGGGCAUCCGUGGCACAGGACCCAUCCCGGUUUGAACAUAGAUUGGGGACAACGUGUCUGGUGGUCGUGCAGCCCGAUAAAGAGACGGACUAUGCAGCUCUGAGAAAGAAGUACCGUUGCCUUCCUAUUACACGUGAAUGGGUUCUAGACAGCGUGUCAAGUUAUAAGCUUCAGGCGUUUGAUGGUUACCUUGUAUGAUGUAUGCUUCUAUACCAUGGACAGAUCUGUAUACCUUGGCACUGACACGUGGUCUGCGGGUAUAUACCUGAAUGACCUUUAUGUUGCGUUACAUUGGUCUUCAGAUUUCCAGGUUGUGAUCUGUGCUCUCUGGACAUUCCUGUUGUAGUAGAACUCUAAAAUUCUGUAGUGUGAACCCGGCCUAACAGCUUUUUGGGAAGUUGUUAUAAAGGAGUAUUCACACUUAAAAGUUACCUCCCAUCCCAGUGUUUUCCAACCAGCUGUUGCAAAACCACCACUCUCAGCAUGCCCAAACUGCCAAAGCCUGCUGAGAUGAGAAGGAAUUCUUUAAUUACCUUUCAGGGACU